CAGACCCCGCCGCCGCGCUCCGGGCCCGGCUCCCACGCCCCCGCCGCCCCGCGCACCCAACUCCGCCGGCCGCCCCGCCCCGCCCAGCGCGCUCGCAGACCCCCGGGGCGGCUGCCGGGAGAGAUGCUGCAAGAAACUUCUUAAAUGACCGCGUCCGGCUGGCCGUGGAGCGCUUCUGGGUUGGGGAGAGGAAAGGAAAGUGGAAAAAAACUGAGAACUUCCUGAUCUCUCUCGCUGUGAGACAUGUCUGAGACUCCUGCUCAGUGUAGCAUUAAGCAGGAACGAAUUUCAUAUACACCUCCCGAGAGCCCGGUGCCGAGUUACACUUCCUCGACUCCACUUCAUGUUCCAGUGCCCCGAGCGCUCAGGAUGGAGGACGACUCGAUCCGCCUGCCUGCGCACCUGCGCUUGCAGCCAGUUUACUGGAGCAGGGAUGACGUAGCCCAGUGGCUCAAGUGGGCUGAAAAUGAGUUUUCUUUAAGACCAAUUGACAGCAACACGUUUGAAAUGAAUGGCAAAGCUCUCCUGCUGCUGACCAAAGAGGACUUUCGCUAUCGAUCUCCUCAUUCAGGUGAUGUGCUCUAUGAACUCCUUCAGCAUAUUCUGAAGCAGAGAAAACCUCGCAUUCUUUUCUCACCAUUCUUCCAUCCUGGAAACUCUAUACACACACAACCAGAAGUCAUCCUGCAUCAAAACCACGAAGAAGAUAAUUGUGUCCAGAGGACCCCACGGCCCCCAGUGGAGAACGUGCACCACAACCCCCCCACCAUUGAACUGUUGCACCGGUCUAGAUCACCUGUCACAGCCAAUCACCGGCCCUCUCCCGAUCCCGAGCAGCGGCCCCUCCGGUCCCCCCUGGACAACAUGAUCCGCCGCCUCUCCCCGGCCGAGAGGGCCCAGGGGCCGAGGCUCCACCAGGAGAACAACCACCAGGAGUCCUACCCGCUGUCAGUGUCUCCCAUGGAGAAUAACCACUGCCCGCCGUCCUCCGAGCCCCACCAGAAGCCGUCGAGCCCCCGGCAGGAGAGCACCCGCGUGAUCCAGCUGAUGCCCAGUCCCAUCAUGCACCCCUUGAUCCUGAACCCCCGGCACUCCGUGGAUUUCAAACAGUCCAGGCUCUCCGAGGACGGGCUGCAUAGGGAAGGGAAGCCCAUCAACCUCUCGCAUCGGGAAGACCUGGCCUACAUGAACCACAUCAUGGUGUCCGUCUCCCCGCCCGAGGAGCACGCCAUGCCCAUUGGGAGAAUAGCAGACUGUAGACUGCUUUGGGAUUACGUCUAUCAGUUGCUUUCUGACAGCCGGUACGAAAACUUCAUCCGAUGGGAGGACAAAGAAUCCAAAAUAUUCCGGAUAGUGGAUCCCAAUGGACUGGCUCGACUAUGGGGAAACCAUAAGAACAGAACAAACAUGACCUAUGAGAAAAUGUCCCGAGCCCUGCGCCACUACUACAAACUAAACAUUAUCAGGAAGGAGCCAGGACAAAGGCUUUUGUUCAGGUUUAUGAAAACCCCUGAUGAAAUCAUGAGUGGCCGAACGGACCGUCUGGAGCACCUUGAGUCCCAGGAGCUGGAUGAACAAAUAUACCAAGAAGAUGAGUGCUGAGGGAACCAAGCCACGGCCUCAGCGGGGGGCCGGCAGCCGGGGGUCCCCUGCCCAUGAGGGCCCUGGAGGCGUGGCAAGCAGGCGGGCUGAGAGCUGAACCGGAAGAGACCCGGGAGUGGGAAUGACACUUGUCUCGCAUAGCGGGAGGGUCCCCAGAGCACCUUAGACAAACCACCCAGCGAAAGCAGGGCUGGCAUUCUGGCCGAGGGCACGAGCCUGGGACUCCUGGUUCUGUUUUCUCCUCAUGUGGAACCUCUCCAUCUGUAAUUCCUCACCCUCACCCGUCCACCUAUUGUUAAUUUCAUGGUGUUUUCGGUUUUUUU